CAUUCGCGAAACUUUCUGUUAUUUAAACCUCGCACUCUUCCAUCGCAGUUGCAAUUAGAGACGUUGACCUGUUACCUACUUUCUGCCAAAUGAACGAACCUUCAGUUUCCAGUCAAGACCUCAAGCAAUUGGCGGGAAACGGAGCGCAAGUCCGAAACGGCAUAUUAAAAAAGUCUCGGUUUAAAAUAUCAUCAGAUAAGGAGCUUGUUGAGAGAUGUGAGGAGGAUACUGGCAAGCGAUGUUCUGCGCCGAUUUGGCGAGAACUUGAGAACGUCCAGCAGGAACCGCCUCUGGGAACGCUUUUCCUCCUGGUGGAAAUGAAUAGUAUGAAAAGUGGUGUGGUUUACAUUCAAAGUGCAACAAAUGAAUUAGUUGAUAUGGUUGGGAAAGACUUUGUAGGGCACAUGGUUAUGGUGACUUGGGAAAAAGGGCUGAGAUUCACAUGCUCUGGUAACUGCAAAGUUGGUCUAAUAAUGUCUAUGACAGAGUAGCGGUAUACACUCCCAUCUUUAUUAAGAUUGUAAAUGCCU